UGAGGCGGUCCUUCCUUUCCUGCGUGCCUAGCCAAGGUGCCUGGGAAGUGCGAGGCGGGCGCGAGGGCAGAAUGAUGGGGGGCAAGACCAGCGCUAUCGCCGCGGGCGUCUGCGGCGCCCUUUUCAUCGGUUACUGUAUCUAUUUCGACCGCAAGAGGAGGAGCGACCCCAACUUCAAGAACCGGUUGCGGGAACGAAGAAAGAAACAGAAGCUUGCCAAAGAAAGAGCAGGAUUUUCUAAGUUGCCUGAUCUAAAAGAUGCUGAAGCAGUUCAGAAAUUCUUCCUUGAAGAGAUACAAUUGGGAGAGGAACUUCUAGCACAAGGAGAAUAUGAAAAGGGUGUUGAUCACUUGACAAAUGCCAUUGCUGUUUGUGGACAACCACAGCAGUUACUACAAGUUCUCCAACAGACUCUUCCACCACCAGUUUUCCAAAUGCUUCUUACUAAACUUCCUACAAUUAGUCAGAGAAUUGUAAGUGCGCAAUGCUUAGCUGAAGAUGAUGUGGAAUGAGAAAUCUCUCAGGAAUGCCGCUUCCUUAAUCAAAAGAUGAGCAUCUGGGGGUAGGGAGGAAUAAAAGAGUAAGCAUAAUAGUCAUAAUGGACUAUAUACCACAUUUAAGCCUGCCAAAGUUAAUUUUAACUCUGAGUAGGUUGGUUUGGCUGGACUUAUUUAUUAACUAGUGUAUUUUGAUAAACUCAUUUUAUAAAUGCGCCAUGUUUGAGUUAUAAAAAUUCCAUUAACAUCAGUACAAAUACAGUUGUACAUAGACAGAAUGUAAAGUUAAAACACACACACCCCAUGCUCAUUUUUGAAAAACACAAAGCUUUGUGUUAAAGACAUUAAAGAUGUACCUGCA